ACAAUGGCCACAGCUGCUGCUCCAGUGUCAUUUUCAUCUACUAAAGAGACCACCAAUUAUGCAAGACUUUGUCGUCUCCUGGUUGAUGUGGGAUCUCAUGUGCUGCGAGACAAGUUUGACAGCAUUCAUCCUCCAACAGAUCUUUACAAAGACUUGAUAACACAUCAUGCCACACUACAGCUACUUCAAAGGAAGGUUAUAAAUCCAACACAAUGGGGAAACCUCUACCCUCCAAUACGCACCUCAGUAUCAUCAAAAAACUUUGAUAUAACUCUUCUGACAGUCCUACUAAGGAACAUUUGUAGCCUAAGUCCACCAGCCACUGGAUGGGAUGCACUUCCCCCUGCCACAGAUAUGAGCUCAGAGGCUGACAUUUCCCAAGUGAAAUACUUUAGAAAUACAGUGUAUGGCCAUGCUGAGAAGGCUUCUGUGGAUGAUGCUACAUUCCAUGAGUAUUGGCAAGAUAUCAAAGAUGCUUUGGUGAGACUUGGAGGGCCUGCAUAUGAAGUAGCAAUUGAUAAUCUUAAAAAUGAGUGCAUGGACCCUGUAUUUGAAGAACACUACAGAGAACUUCUAAAGGAAUGGAAAAGAGAUGAUGAUAACACCAAAGACAAACUGGAUGAAAUUGAUCGGAAACUUGAAGAACUGAUAUUGAAAGCUUCAACAAGCACGCCAUUGCCAAAAGACGUUGAAGAGCCAACUGAACUUAUAGAAAGGAUUCGCCAACUUUACCAGACACGCGAAGGACGACUUUCACCAUUUCCAUGGUAUGAGGGCUUCAACUUUGACAUUAAUGAUAUAUUUACCAGGCCAACCAUUGUCAGGCGAGACAAAACUAGACGAACAGCUGCAGAACAGAUAACCAGCAUAACUGGAGUCUUUAAACCUCACAGUGGAAUCUUCAAGCCUAGAACUGUCCUGAUUGAGGGAGAACCUGGAAUAGGCAAGACAACUUACUGUCAAAAGGUAGUGUAUGACUGGGCCAAUGGUAAAGAAACUGACCCCUCUUUCCCAAAAAUCAAAUUGGUUCUCCUGCUCAAAUGUCAUGACCUGUCAGGAGAUAUCUGGGAAGCAAUUGAUGAUCAGCUGCUUCCUCGAAACAUUGAUGAAAAGGCAAAAGAGAACUUCUUCAAAUACAUCAAUGCCAACCAGUCCCAAGUACUACUGAUACUUGAUGGAUUGGAUGAAGCACCAUCUAAUUAUACAAAGAUGUUUUCUGACCUAGUUGAGAGCAGGGAGCUUCCAAAGUGUCACAUCAUUCUUACAUCCAGGCAAGAAGGUAGUGUCAAGAUAAGCAAGUUUUGUGACACCUUACUUCAAAUAGAAGGAUUUGCUUCAGAGAAUUCUCACAAUUAUAUCACGCAUUACUUCAAAGACUUAGAGGCACAGGGACAAAACCUUUUGCAGAACAUAGAACAAAGUAUUGAACUUGGAGAACUAAUUGCAAACCCCUUAUUCACAGCAAUGCUUUGCCUUGUUUAUGAAGAUUUAAACGGUGGUCUGCCUCUAAGCAAGACUCAGUUGUAUCUAGAAAUCACAGAAUGCAUUCUUAAGAGAUUUUGCCAAAAACAAGGAUUGUCUCACAACAAUGACAACCUAACUGAAGUGUUCAAGGAAGAGCUGGAACAAUUGGGAAGUAUAGCCUUGAAGGCCUUGAAGAAAGAUAAAAUGCAUAUUGAAGACAGUGAAUUUCCAGGAACAACAGGAAAAUCACCUCUAUUUGAAUUUUUAUCAGUUCAGUCUAACAGCAGCAAAAGAAGAUCCCAUACAUGUUAUCAAUUUUCACACAAGAGUUUUCAAGAAUUCUUUGCAGGUCUUUAUCUCUCUGACCAAAUUUUGAAAGGGGAAACAGACUUUGAGGGACUGCUUUCAAAUAAACAAGGAAACUUAAAGUCUCUUGAGCCAGUCCUUUUGUUCACAGCUGGUAUUCUCAGCUAUAAAAGUGAAAAGGAUGCCUGUUCUCUUUUAAAAAUGAUUAUCAAGAAAAUUAAUCAUUUCCAAAACUUGAGUUUUCCAAAUUUUUACCUGUAUUUUGCUGUAAAAUGCAUUAGUGAAUGCUCCACAGAAAAUUCAAGACUUCGAUCCCAGAUGAUAAAUUUAUUGGGAAAAAACCUGGAGCUUCAAGAGGUGAUGAUAUCUGACAACAGUUUCCCCAUUAAGUUGUUUGUUGAGGCCCUUCAAGUUAACAAGUCUUUAUACUUGAGAAAUAAGACAUCGGAAUCAUCCCUGUGCCUCUACCAGCCUAACACAUGA